AAGACCUUAUCGGUGACCCAUAGUUUACAGGAAAGUAAUGGGUGUGCAAAAUUGGAUCGAUAAAGUCUUAGGGCUAGACUUGGAGGUUUUCAAUUUUUUGUCCUAUAAUCUGCUUUUCUUUGGCAUUGUAGUUGUCAUAGUUCUACAGUUUCUAAAUACACCGUACGGUAGAUAUGCGCGUGGGGGUUGGGGUGUGGACGUGAACGCUAAAUUGGCAUGGUUUGUUCAGGAGAUACCUGCCUUUUUAGUGCCGGUAUUACUAAUUUACUGUGUAGAAGGUCCAAAAAUAACUCAUAUUCCGAAUAAAAUUCUUCUAGGAUUAUUCUUAUUACAUUAUUUUCAAAGAUCGAUAAUUUACCCUCUCCUGAUCAGGGGCGGUAAGCCUACGCCGCUUAUUCCCUUCCUUCUCGCCUUUGCAUUCUGUGCGUGUAAUGGCUAUCUCCAGGCCGGAUACAUCAUCAAAUAUGCAGACUUUGGCAGUGAGUGGAUGUGGAAUUGGAGAUUUUAUUUAGGAAUCUGUUUAUUUUUUAUGGGGAUGUUUACGAACCUUCAGGCUGACCACAUUCUCAGAAAUCUUAGAAAACCAGGAGAGACUGGUUAUAAGAUUCCCAGAGGUGGGAUGUUUGAAUAUGUUUCCGGCGCCAAUUUUUUGGGUGAGAUUUUGGAGUGGUUUGGAUUUGCGCUGGCCAAUGGCAGUCUUUCGGCCUUUUCCUUUUUCUUCUUCACUCUAUGCAACAUAGGACCACGUGCCUGUCAUCACCACCAGUGGUAUAAACAGAAAUUUGAAGAUUAUCCCCAAGAAAGAAAAGCUUUAAUUCCAUUCAUUAUAUGAAGAAACCACAAAAUCACAAACGACUUAUUGCGUGAAUAUACAUGUAGCUAUACAGUGCAGCUAUAUUCGAGGAAAAGGUUGUGUCAUUUUCUUUGUAUGCAACAAGUUAUUUAGGUCUAAAUAAAGAAAUCUUAACAUAUAUGA